UCUCUCUCUUACACCCCUUCAAAGUUUUGAAGUGCUACUAUUUUGAAGAAGCACCUUUCUUCCCACAGAUUUAAAUCUACAUUGAAAGAUACAAAUGAGAAUGUUUGCAAAAAAAAAUCCCAAUAAAGGUGACUUCCUGAGCAAAAUCUCUGGCAAAUGACCUUGGAAGGAGGGUGUGGCAUAUAUAGGGUUGGGGCUAAACAGCUGACGUGGGGAGGGGCAGCUGGGAUUUGGACCUCCAGCCUAGGCACCUGUUAGAGGUGCCAGAGGCUCCCUUCCCCUCCCUCCCCACAUUAUAGAGCCCCAUAUUGCUCUCCACUGGUGUUUGGGUCGCUGGAGCAGCAACUGGUGCCCCCAAUUGGAAAUGGCAAGUUGAUCUUAAGACUAAUAGGAAAGGGGUUGGCGUUGGGGUGGGGUAUGUGGGAGCGGAGAAAGCUUACCCUGUAAAUCCUGGAAUCCAAAUGAGAGACAGCCUUUCUUCUUAGAUACAAGGGAAGUGGCCCCCUGGCCAUAUUUAGACAGGCUAAGGAUAGCAAGGGCACAUGGUUUAGUGGGGAGAACUCAGUUUUUCUAUCUAGAAGACUUGGUUUUGAGUUGUAGCAUCAAAAACUUUUUUAAUUAAAAGUUUUCAAUUAAUUUGCAUUUGUUUCCUCUCUCUCCCCUUCCCCCCCCCCCGCCCCAGCCCCAUAAAUUCAGGAUUAGGGAAUAUACGGUAUAAUCCCCCUCAUUUUGUAGUUGAACAUAGUGGGAAACCAGAAGCUAGAGCUCAGAAACACCAGCUUGAAGGAGCUGAUGAUGUUUAACCUAAAGAAGAGGAGAUUUAGAAACCUAAAUUACUCUCUUCAGAGUUUAUCUUCAGGGAAAAAAAAGAGUAGCCUUUUUUCCCUUGCACAGAUCUAAGAAACUCCCCUUGACUUCAUUGGGCAUAUCUAAGAGCCUCUAAAACCCUCCGCAUUCUAAAAUCUAGCCUUCUAUGAUCUAAAGAGACAGACUGAUUAGAGGGGAGGGGGGUUGUAGACUGACCCCAAGGGGAUGUCAUCCACCAAUCUAAGGGUAAAAAGAUUGUAUCCCACCCUUGCUGCCAUAGCCAAUCUUGGGAUUUAUCUCUAGUGUAGUCACACUUUCCCCUGUCCCCUUUCACUCCCUCAUUCUGUCCCUCUCUUCUGCUGUGUAAGCUUCCAGCCUCUCCUCAUCCCAACAGAAUGUUAUCCCUGUGGGGCUCCCAGCCCCCCACAUCAAGAGCUGGGGGAAAUCUGCCCCUCCUCCUCCUCAUCUCAUGGCAAGAUCAGGCACUCCUUGGGUGAGUUGGAUUCUGGAGGCAGAGGGGGAAUCCUGAUGAGACACAGUGGAAGGAAAGACAGGGGAAGGUGGGAGAGGUCUUGGCAGAUGUUGGGCAUUGUCCAGUGGAAAGGUCAAAUGACCUGCUUUUGGAAGUUGGAUACUCUUUGGUCCCAAGCGGGUAACUUAUAUAGAGACAGAUAACACUUUUAUGUGAGAGGGGGAAAAGAACUUAACUAAACUAAAAUUGAGUUUACCAGUUGGUUCAUUGGGAUUUUCCAUUGUAUUUUAUAAAAUAGUUUAUAAAUAAGAAAGAGUAUAUACAAAGAAUGACUAUAGUGAUGUGAAGAACAAGGACAGUUGAAGCUGAAUGCUCUGCAGUGACCAGUUUCAUGAUGGAGGAGAGAUAAUCCAUUUCUCUUCCUCUUUCCUUGUAGAAGUGGGGGAUCACAGAUUAUUGCAUAUAUUGUCAAGCAUUGUUACGGGGCCAUUAGUUUUGAUUAGGUGUUUCUUUUUUUCAAGGGAAAACUCGAAGGUACUAGGUUCAUGGGAAUAUUUAGAAGAGAUUCACAAAAAAUAUUAACAAAAUUUUAAUUAAAAGUGAAUAAAGUGAGAGUCAUCAGAACCAAUCUGGCUGACCUCGAACACAUGGGAACACAGAAAAUGUCAGAGAUGAGAGGGACCUUAGAACACUGAAUGUCAGAAGUGGGAAGAUCAUUAGAACAUGGAAUGUCAUGGCUGGAGGGACUUUAGAACAUAGAAUGCCGGAAUUGGAGGGGACCUUAGAACAUAGAACGUCAGAGUUGGGGAAGAAGAUUAGAGCAUAGGCUAUCAGAGCUAGGAAGAACACCAGAACACAGAAUGCCAGAGCUUGGAAAGCCCUUAGAAUUCAGAAUAGUCAGAAUUGGGAGAUAUGUUAAAGAUCGUUUUAUCCUGCUUCCUCUCUUUCUGAAGGGGAAGCUGGGGCUGCCUGGUUGGUUUGCCCACGUUAUCCUAGCAUGUCAGGAGCAGAGCUUAGAUUGGAAUCUGAGUCCCUCAGCCCCCCAGCCCAACAGGCUACCCAUCCCACCUGGGUCACCCUUAUGCUCAGCCAGGUCCUGGGUCUCCGGUGGUGUUCCCCCAUAACCCUGGGAAGACUUCCUCCCGGUGGGACAAUCAGCCAGCUCCUAAAGGGCUGCCCUGAUCCCAGGUGCCGUGUGUGGUGCCAGUCGCCGGGCGGAUUAACUUUUGACUCGGGAGCCUGAGCAGGGCUGGUUUGGACGUCACUGAGGGAAUAUAUAUGGAUCCACCCCCACAAUGUCAUUUUUCCCCAAGCGGCUCCUCUAUCUCUGCACUUUAACAAAAGGAGAGGGAUGGGGGGGGGGGGGGGGGGGGAAGGGGAAGGAAGCAGAGGGCUCCAGAACAGGCAGAUGGACCUACUGUCAUGGAUCCGGGAGCACCCGCUCCUGCCUGAAGAGGGGCAGCUCCCGGCCCUGGCGUGGAUGAAGCACCUGGGGGAGCCCCAGGUAGGAUCCUCCUGGAUUGGCUCAGCCUUGCCUCAUUCCCAGGUCACUGGAUUGGCAUCUGGGAGCGCCAGGAGCUGCCGCAACAGGGUCUUCCCUCCAGGCUUUGGCGCUACGAGGGUCCCCGGGGCCCAUGGGUCGAACAGAAUGACUGAGAACCUGAAGGCCUGCUUGGCUCAUACCCAGGCUUCCAUGGGGGAGAUGGUGACUGUGAAGACAGAGGUCUGCUCACCCCGACAGGACCAAGAAUAUGGCCAGCCCUGCUCCGGAAGGCCUGACCCUUCAUCCAUGGAAGUGGAACCCAAGAAACCGAAGGGGAAGCGAGAGCUGAUCAUGACCAAGAGUUUCCAGCAAGUAGACUUCUGGUUCUGUGAGUCCUGCCAAGAAUACUUUGUGGAUGAAUGCCCCAACCAUGGCCCCCCCGUGUUUGUGUCCGAUACGCCCGUGCCCAUGGGCAUCCCUGACCGAGCGGCCCUCACCAUCCCGCCUGGCAUGGAGGUGGUCAAGGAGGCCAGUGGGCAGAAUGACGUUCGCUGCAUGAAUGAGGUCAUCCCGAAGGGGCACAUCUUCGGGCCGUACGAAGGGCAGAUCUCGACACAGGAUAAAUCGGCCGGCUUCUUCUCCUGGUUGAUUGUUGAUAAGAAUAACCAUUACAAGUCUAUCGAUGGGACAGAUGAAACCAAAGCCAAUUGGAUGAGAUAUGUGAUCAUCUCACGAGAAGAGAGAGAGCAAAAUCUGAUGGCCUUCCAGCAUAGUGAGAAAAUCUACUUCCGAGUGUGCCGUGAUAUCCGACCUGGGGAGCGGUUACGAGUGUGGUACAGUGAGGAUUAUAUGAAACGUCUACACAGCAUGUCCCAGGAAACAAUACAGCGCAAUCUGACCAGAGGAGAUAAAAAGCUGCCGCGAGAGAAGCCUGAGAAGGCUCUGGACCACCCGGAGGACCUUCGGGGCCCUCUCCAACUCACGGUCUUGAGGCACGGCAAGAGCGCCUACAAGCGUGGCUUUGAUGAGGUGGAUGCUCAUCCUCCGCCCAAGAAGAAGAAGAUCGACCUCAUCUUCAAGGACGUUUUGGAGGCUUCCCUGGAGACAGCAAAGAUAGAGGAGCCCCCUCUGGCCCCAGGCACCCCCCUUGUUCUCAGGAAAGCUCCCAAGUUCCACGCGGAAGACGUGUAUGAUCAGUGUGGGAUGGCCGUGCCCCACGAGCCCCAGGAUCUCUCCAGGAACCAGGGGGAGAAGGAGUGGAAGGCUCCCCAAGGGGCUUCCUAUGGUCCCUCCAAGGACACAAGUUUGCUGGAGGAUGAGGAGGAAGAGCCUUCGUCAUUCAAGGCAGACAGCCCUGCCGAGGCUUCCCUGGCGUCCGACCUUCACGAGCUCCCCACCACCUCCUUCUGCCCUAACUGUAUCCGCCUGAAGAAGAAGAUAAGGGAGCUGCAGGCUGAACUGGAUAUGCUCAAGUCUGGGAAGCUGCCCGAGCCCCCUCUGCUGCCACCCCAGGUACCGGAGCUCCCAGAGUUUUCAGACCCCACAGCCUCAGAGAGCGUGGUCUCUGUCCCAACCAUGCUGGAGGACGACGACCAGGAGGUGGACUCGGCCGACGAGUCCGUCUCCAACGAGAUGAUCGCCGCCACGGACGAGCCUUCCAAGAUGUCCUCCGCCACGGGGCGCCGCAUCCGGCGCUUCAAGCAGGAGUGGCUGAAGAAGUUCUGGUUCCUACGGUACUCCCCCACGCUCAACGAGAUGUGGUGCCACGUGUGCCGCCAGUACACGGUGCAGUCUUCCCGGACCUCGGCCUUCAUCAUCGGCUCCAAGCAGUUCAAGAUCCACACCAUCAAGCUCCACAGCCAAAGCAACCUGCACAAGAAAUGCCUGCAGCUCUACAAGCUCCGCAUGCACCCCGAGAAAACGGAGGAGAUGUGCCGGAACAUGACUCUGCUCUUCAACACCGCCUACCACCUGGCCCUGGAGGGCCGGCCCUAUUUUGAUUUCCGGCCCUUGGCGGAGCUGCUGAGGAAGUGCGAGCUCAAGGUGGUGGACCAGUACAUGAACGAAGGCGACUGCCAGAUUCUGAUCCACCACAUCGCGCGGGCUCUGCGGGAGGACCUGGUGGAGCGCAUCCGCCAGUCCCCGUUCCUCAGCAUCAUCCUGGACGGGCAGAGCGACGACGUGCUGGCCGACACCGUGGCUGUCUACGUGCAGUACACCAGCAGCGACGGGCCCCCGGCCACUGAGUUCCUGUCCCUGCAGGAGCUGGGUUUCUCCACCACGGACAGUUACCUCCAAGCGCUGGAUCGCGCCUUCUCCUCCCUGGGGAUCAGGCUGCAGGACGAGAAGCCGACCAUCGGCCUGGGGGUGGACGGGGCCAACAUCACGGCCAGUUUGCGCGCCAGCAUGUUCAUGACCAUCAGGAAGACUCUGCCUUGGCUGCUCUGUCUGCCCUUCAUGGUGCACCGGCCCCACCUGGAAAUCCUGGACGCCAUCAGCGGAAAGGAGCUCCCGUGCCUGGAGGAGCUGGAGAACAACCUGAAGCAGCUGCUGAGCUUCUACCGCUACUCCCCCCGCCUGAUGUGCGAGCUCCGGUUAACAGCCUCCACCCUCUGCGAGGAGACGGAGUUCCUGGGGGACAUCCGCGCCGUGAGGUGGAUCAUCGGGGAGCAAAACGUUCUCAAUGCACUAAUCAAGGACUACCUGGAGGUGGUGGCCCACCUCAAGGACGUCAGCGGACAGACGCAGCGCGCCGACGCCUCGGCCAUCGCUCUGGCCCUGCUGCAGUUUCUCAUGGACUAUCAGUCCAUCAAGCUGAUUUACUUCUUACUCGAUGUGAUCGCCGUGCUUUCCCGCCUGGCCUACAUCUUCCAGGGCGAAUACCUCCUCGUGUCCCAGGUGGACGACAAGAUCGAGGAGGCCAUCCAGGAGAUCAGUCGGCUGGCCGACUCUCCGGGGGAGUACCUGCAAGAGUUCGAGGAGAAUUUCCGAGAGAGCUUCAACGGAGUCGCGGUGAAGAACCUGCGGGUGGCCGAAGCCAAAUUCCAGUCCAUCCGGGAGAAGAUCUGCCAGAAAACGCAGGUGAUCUUGGCCCAGAGGUUCGAUUCCCGCAGCCGGACCUUUGUGAAAGCCUGCCAGGUGUUCGACCUGGCAGCCUGGCCCAGGAGCACCGAGGAGCUCAUGAGCUACGGCAAAGAGGACAUGGUCCAGAUCUUCGACCAUCUGGAAGCCAUCCCAUCCUUCUCCAGGGAGAUCUGCCGAGAAGGGAUGGACCCCAGGGGAAGCUUGUUGAUGGAGUGGCGGGAACUCAAGGCGGACUACUAUACCAAAAAUGGUUUCAAAGACUUGAUCAGCCAUAUCUGCAAGUACAAACAGAGGUUUCCCCUGUUGAAUAAAAUCAUCCAGAUCCUUAAGGUCCUCCCCACCUCCACGGCCUGCUGCGAGAAAGGGCGGGUAGCCCUCCAGCGAGUGCGCAAAAACAACCGCUCCCGCCUGACCUUGGAACAGCUCAGUGACCUUUUGACAAUUGCUGUAAAUGGUCCCCCCAUUGCCAAUUUUGAUGCCAAGAGGGCACUGGAUAGCUGGUUCGAGGAGAAGUCUGGCAAUAGUUACACACUGUCUGCUGAAGUCCUCAGUAGGAUGUCUGCCCUGGACCAGAAGCCAAUGCUUCCAAGCAUGGACCACGGGUCAGAAUUUUACUCGGAUCUUUAGGAAGUCAUUGCCUCAGAUUUUACCAAGCUGUUGAAUAAUUUUUUUAAAGAAAAAUAUCUAUACUCCUAAGC